AUGAACUAUGAUAUACUUGUUAAGAUAUUCACCAUGGUAAGCACCAUGGACUUAAUUUUGAACAUUUCUCGUGUUUGUCCUUUAUGGCGUGCUGCAUGCUCCCAUCCAAGCUUUUGGCGUACACUCGAUUUGGCUAGAUUGAACUGCUCUUCUGAUUAUCCACAAGGUCUAGAUGCUUCCUUAGAUAAUCGGGCAAGCUUGAGGUUAAUGCAAUUAUUGAAUAGCGCAUUAAUCCUGAGUGGCAACAAUGUGACGCGCUUGAUAUUCCAUUUUCAGAUGUGCAUUAAGGACUCACACUUGACAUUUGCUGCUGAAAGGUGUCCCAGGCUCAAACAACUUGUUCUGCCAGCCUGGAAUCAAAUUUCCGAAAAUGGAUUUUGUGCAGCUAUCCAAAAGUUGACAGAGCUCGAGUCUCUGACUCUCCCAUGCAAUUAUUUCCCCGAAAACAUCUUGCAAACAAUUGGUGUAUACUGUACGAAGCUCACUGAACUCAAAGUCAUGUCCCCUUUCGAUCAUGAUUUUGCCAACACCUUGUUUAUUUAUCUCCCAAAGCUUAAGGUCUUGAGUUUGAGGUGCACCAUGGUUCACAAGGACGCCUUGAGACUCGCAUUUAUGCUCUUUGACGAUCUGAAGGUGUUAAAUAUUUCCCACAGCCUGCUCGUAGACCUCUUUCCAUACGAAAUUCCAACUAUGUUUAGAUUGGAGGAUGAUGCAUCAAUGGCCGAACAAGCAUCAAGACUUACAACAUUCCUCAGCUGUCAGAGUACUGCUUGCGUAAUGUGUCAGCGCGUUUAUAAUGAUGCAGGACGCCCAAAUUGGCAGGAAUACCAGGAAGGUCUUUGGCGCGAAGAUGAGGGUUUUUGGUUAGCUGGGGUAAGCGGAAUAGGAAAAUAG